AUGUCAGUGACAGAGUACGAGAACAAGUUUACCCCACUCUCUCGCUUUGCUCAAGAGAUGGUGAGUAAUGAAGUUGAUAAGGUUCAGAAGUUUAUCUCCGGACUUGACUACAAGAUAAGGUCGUUGUUAAUAGCACAGGGUAUCAAGGUUUAUUCUGAGGCAGUUAAAAGAUUUAGGGUCUUUACAGUAUUACCACUAGUGGGAGCACUUUUACUUCUUGGUGCAUUCUUUGGACUCCUUGUCAAGUUUGAAAAAAGAAAAGGUAAAGCACCAAUUGAACAAGGAGAUUUGCAGGUUGAAAACCAUUUGUUUUCAAUUUCUAAUUUUGAAGGAAGGGUAACUUAUGACGGAAUCCGAAAAGCCACCAAUGAUUUUGAUGCCUCAUUUUGCAUUGGAAAAGGUGGAUAUGGAACUAUCUACAAAGCAAGGUUGGCAGCAAACAAUGUAGUGGCCGUGAAGAAGCUUCACCCAUUAUCCGAGACAGUCGACCAUAAAGGGUUUUUGAACGAGUUAAGGGCAUUGACAGAAGUACGGCAUAGGAACAUUGUAACGAUUUAUGGUUUGGUGGCUCACGCUGUGUCUUACAUGCAUCAUGAUUGCUCACCAGCAAUUGUUCAUAGGGACUUAUCAAGCAACAAUAUUUUGUUAGACGCCGAGAAUGAGGCUCGUGUUUCAGAUUUUGGCACUGCUAAGCUUCUGAAACUAGACUCCUCAAAUUGGAGCACACUUGCUGGCACAUAUGGAUAUGUAGCACCAGAACUGGCUUUCACAAUGAAGGUAACUAAAAAGUGCGACGUGUAUAGCUUUGAAGUGUUGACACUGGAAGUGAUCAAAGGAAAGCAUCCGGUCAAUUUCAUCACCUGGCUAUCAUCUUCAUCCAUUGAUCACAACAUAAUGCUGAAAGAUGUGUUGGACCAACGCCUUUUAGCGCCCUCAACCGGAGUUGAAGAGGUGUUGAUAUCAAUUAUAAAUCUGGCCAUUACAUGUUUAAAUGUCAAUCCACAAUCUAGGCCGACCAUGCACAUUGUCUCUCAAUUGUUGUCAACCCAACCAACACCAUCCUAG